AUGAAAAAUAGAAGCAGUACAUCAGGGGAUGAAAUAGAACAAGAACUUUUAUGUAGCACAAGUUCGAAGAAGAGCGGUUUUGCAUAUGUUCGUAUUAAUACACCUUCGCAGCUCAAAGAUGAAUAUGAAAUUGGUCCAGUCAUAGGUGAAGGUACAUUCGGCAUUGUUUAUCAUGCUUCGAGAAAAACUGAUGGUGUGAACUGUGCAAUUAAGAAAAUUUCACGCAUAAACUCCUUCUCUGCAAGUGAGCGUGCUCGUUUAGAUCGUGAAAUAUCCAUAUUAAGACAUGUUAAACAUCCUGGAAUUAUAAAACUCUUAUCUGUUGCUGAAUCACCAAAAGUUAUAUUCCUCAUAACUGAAUUAUGUGAAGGCAGUUCACUAGAUCAUUAUAUGAAACAAUUACCAGAAAAUACUGGACUACAAGAAUAUAUUGUGGUGGCUAUUGUAAAACAAAUAGCUUCAGCUUUAUCUUAUUUGCAUAAUCGAGGUAUUGUACAUAGAGAUUUAAAACCUGGAAAUAUUAUGUUAUUAAACAAAGUAGAAUUAGAUUUUCGUACUAUACCUCCGGUGAACUUUAAGUCAAAUUUUAAAUAUUCAUCGGACAGUAGAAUAAUUUCUUUCGAUUCUCUUAUUAAACAUCAAAAACCUGAAAAUGAACACAUUGAACUCCAUAAUGACUCGUGUUCCAAUCACAGUGGUACACUAUCAGAAAUAACAACGACGACAACAAUAACAACUGAAACAAUAUGCUCAUCUGUAUUUACUCGAAAUAAACCAGUGAAUUCAAACACAAAACCAUUGCCUGUUUGCUGUAGACAUGAUUCUACAUUAUUAGAAUGUAAUACAAAAACAAAUCAUAAUUCAAACAUCCAACCUAGAAUCCCAUCAUUUCAACUUGAUGAUGAUUAUUGUAUAAAUGUUGAAAAUAAAUAUCCACCUAAAGAAUUACAAACGAAAUUAAUUGAUUUUGGUUUAGCCAUAGAAGUACGCAAAAGUGAAGAAGUAUUAGCUAAUCCAUGUGGUACACUAUUGUACAUGGCACCGGAAGUAUUGAAUGGACGAUCAUAUACACGUCAAUGUGACUUAUGGAGUUUAGGUGUCAUUAUCUUUAUAUUGUUAACAAAUCAAACACCAUUUAAUUCACAAAAUGAAAAACAGUUAAUCAAUGAAUUAAAUCAAUCUAAUAUACAAAAGAUAAUAGAAAAAUUAGGUAAUUAUAUAACAUCAUUAUGUAAAGAAUGUUUAAUACGCUUAUUAACUGUUGAUCCAGCUUAUCGUUUAACCGCUAAUCAACUUCUAAUUGAUCCAUGGUUAUCAUUUUAUCCAGUAUAUAAUUCAAAUGAAGUAGUGAAUAAUCAUUUGAAUGCAUCUAAAAAAGAAAAAGAAUAUGAACAAAUGAAUUUAUCAAAAAUUUAUUCACUUAAUAAUUUGACUGGAAAUUCUAUCAUACCAUCUUCUUGUAGUAAUAGUAGCAGUAGUAAUACUAAUAAAUGUAUUUCUAGACCAUCAUCAUUUUCUCGUUUCAAGACAACUGAUACAUAUUCUACAACGAAUGUACUUGAAUUAAUGAAACAAUAUCAUAAAGAAUUGAAUAAUUGUAAGCAAGAUGUUGAAAAGGUGAAUCAAUGA